GCGGCAACUGGCCUGGAACUUCGGUAGGUACGACUGCAACAGUCUUUUUCUUCGUUCCAUCGUUUUCGUCUUCGUCUUACUAGAAAAGCGCCUCAAGACGCUGAUCUCCACUCUUUUGUGAUCGUCGCUCCUUUAAAUUUUCUUGGCCUGCCUUCUAGCUCAGGCCUCUCCAUUAAGACAUUUGUCUUGAAUUAUAAUUAGUCUUUCUUUAAACUGUCACUGUUGGCCUAAGCAGGAGACCCAUGGUGGUUUCAACGCGCUGCAAAUGUCGCCAACUACUCGUAUCAUUCCUAGCCUUCGCCGUUCUCGCAAGCAGCUUGCUACAGGGAGCUAUGGCACAAACCACGUAUUCUACGGCUACUCAGCAACUUCAACGUCUCCAAGAUCCCAAUGUCAUUAUCACCGACACCAACGGGACAGUUGUGGUUUACAGCCCACUCACUGGGAAUGAAAUUCCUCAAGGACUCGCAACCGAUGGCAGCGGUAGUGGAUUCUCAUUGCCUGCUGUCUUGUGGAUUGCAUUCUCGUUCACGGUUGGCGUUCCGUUCAUGCUGGCCGGCUUUCGGGGCUGGCGCCUCACCACCGCUACAGCCAUAGGCCUAUCUGUUGUUGUUACAUCGUGGUCUGUUUUUGUUAAUACGUUAGACAAUGUUGGUAUUUCGGACAUCACCUUGACAGUUCUAGUUCUGGUACUUUUUUGUUUGGGCUUUCUCUUCGGGCUUUUGGAAGUGGGUCGCAUGGCAGGGGUCCUGCAGUUAGGCAUACAGGGUGGCCUCGCCAUCGGGAUACGGAUAGUUUUACUACGCAAGCUUCUGUUGAUACCCGACCCUGCUGCCUUCUUCGUCAAUUGGCUACUCAUUGCAUUCUGCGCUCUUGCGAGUGCAAUUCUUGUCAUUUGGAAACAGCGAGCUGGACUGCUUUUGGGAUCGGCAUCCGUCGGGACUUUCUUUUGCGCCCUGGGAACUGACUUGGCUGUUAAUCAGCAAUCUGGCAUGAGUCGGGGCCUCAGAUAUUUGAUUGACAGAAAUAGGUAUCACAUCGUGGACACUACGAAUAAUGGGUACUUUCCGCCCACGAGCACAUUGGUUAUGAUCGCCCUCUCCAUUGCAUUGACACCUGCAUUCGCAUACGCCCAGCACAAGCUGUUUAAAGGCCCUUUCUGCAUAGUUCACGAUGAUGACCUCGAGUCCCUUCACGCACCAAACGAGUUUCCAGCUGACGAAGAACCUAAAAUAUCAGGCGAGGAAACACCACGGACUAGUCCGCCAAAUACGCCACUGCCUACGACCCCUGUGUUGGCUUUGUCACAUUUGACGCCUUUGCUAAAAGAUGACGGCCGCCCGGCGCCUAUUGCCACAGAGAAAGUGCGACCGAACGAAGGCAAUACACUCGCGGACGACAGUUAACGCGGAUAAUAGAGCACGCGGCAUUUGGCCUCGGGUCUUAUACCCCAGCAAUUACCUAAAUACCUUAGUAGUCGCAUUUCUUUUCAUCGCAUCUCGCCUUCUUGUGGUUCUCCAUCGGAAACCUUGGCAUCCAUUAUGCAUCUGCUUCACAUUCGGAUCCACAAUAGACUCUCGUUUGUUUUCAAGGAACUGCCAUAUCAUUCAUCUGAUUCUGCAACCCGUUGGGUGCCUGUGUGUCGGGUUGGACUCCGAUUCAGUUAUGUGCCGGUGGUGCCGCCCAGGAUUGUAACUACGUGUGCGCAUACCGUUGUCCGGUUCAACGCGUUGAGCGGAUAAAGAGCGGGGCA